CAUCGCGAAAGCAUCAAUAAACUUUAUUGGUACCCAAAACAAGGAGGGGAAGUGUGCCGAUUGCGGGAGUGAGGGCGCUGUUAUGGCGGAGCCGGCGUCUCAGGCCUCCAUGCAACCCCGGCUACAGCAGGCGCAGUCUGGUGGGACGUCUGGGUCGAAUUCGACCACGGGGUCCGCGCCCGGGAAUAGUGACCCAGCCAGGCCGGGUCUAAGUCAGCAACAGUGGGCAAGUCAAAAGAAAGCUCAAGUCCGGGCUUUUCCGAGAGCGAAAAAGCUUGAAAAACUGGGAGUUUUCUCAGCUUGCAAGGCGAACGAUGCUUGCAAGUGCAAUGGAUGGAAGAAUCCUCACCCUCCAACCGCAUCUCGGAUGGACGUUCAGCAGCAGGCAGCAAGCCUCACCGAGCCAUGUCGCAGCUGCAGCCACGCCCUGGCCGACCACGUGUCUCACCUGGAGAACGUCUCUGAGGAGGAGAUGAACCGCCUGCUGGGGAUGGUGGUUGAUGUGGAGAACCUCUUCAUGUCUGUGCACAAGGAAGAAGAUACUGACACCAAGCAGGUGUACUUUUACCUUUUUAAGCUCUUGAGGAAGUGCAUCCUUCAAAUGGGGAAGCCCAUCGUUGAGGGCUCUCUGGGAAGCCCCCCCUUUGAGAAGCCUAAUAUUGAGCAGGGAGUGUUGAACUUUGUGCAGUACAAGUUCAGUCAUCUGCCCCCUAAGGAGCGCCAGACUAUGUUUGAGCUGAGUAAGAUGUUUCUGCUCUGCUUGAACUACUGGAAGUUGGAAACCCCGUCCCAGUUUCGGCAGCGAGCCCAGAAAGAUGACGGCUCCGCAUAUAAAGUAGAUUACACAAGGUGGCUGUGUUACUGCCACGUCCCUCAGAGUAACGACAGCCUACCGCGGUACGAGACCACUCAGGUGUUUGGCCGCAGCCUCCUGAAGUCCAUCUUCACGGUCACCCGGCGGCAGCUGUUGGAGAAGUUCCGCAUGGAGAAGGACAAGCUGCCCCCUGAGAAGCGCACCCUCAUCCUCACCCACUUCCCCAAGUUCUUGUCCAUGCUUGAGGAGGAGAUCUAUGGAGAGAAGUCUCCUAUCUGGGACGCUGAUUUCACCAUGCCGGCACCAGAGGGGGCACAGCUGGGGCAUCAGACAGUGUUGAGUCCUGGGGCAGUCUCAGGGUCUCCAUCCUUUACCAAGAGCCUGAGCAGUGGUGUCUCCUCUCUUGGGAGCUUGGGGCUUGACUCUGCUGUAUCUGAGCCAAUCACAGGAGAGAAGCGUAAGCUUCCUGAGGCGUUGACCCUUGAGGACGCCAAGCGUAUCCGGGUCAUGGGAGACAUCCCCAUGGAGCUGGUCAACGAGGUCAUGAGGACCAUCACUGACCCUGAGGCUAUGCUCGGGCCAGAGACCAGUCUGCUGUCGGCCAACGCGGCGCGGGACGAGACGGCCCGUCUGGAAGAGCGCCGAGGCAUCAUCGAGUUCCACGUCAUCGGCAACUCGCUGUCGCAGAAGUCCAGCAAGAAGAUCCUCAUGUGGCUGGUGGGCCUGCAGAACGUCUUCUCCCACCAGCUGCCCCGCAUGCCCAAAGAGUACAUCACGCGGCUCGUCUUCGACCCGAAGCACAAGACCCUAGCCCUGAUCAAAGAUGGACGCGUGAUUGGAGGGAUCUGUUUUCGAAUGUUCCCCACUCAGGGAUUCACAGAGAUCGUCUUUUGUGCGGUCACUUCAAAUGAGCAGGUCAAGGGCUAUGGAACUCACCUGAUGAACCAUCUGAAAGAGUACCACAUCAAGCACGGCAUCUUGUACUUCCUCACAUAUGCAGACGAGUACGCCAUCGGCUACUUCAAGAAACAGGGUUUUUCCAAAGACAUCAAAGUGCCCAAGAGCCGUUACCUUGGUUACAUCAAGGACUACGAGGGCGCCACCCUCAUGGAGUGUGAGCUGAACCCCAGAAUCCCCUACACCGAGCUGUCACACAUCAUCAAGAGGCAGAAAGAGAUCAUUAAGAAGCUGAUUGAGAGGAAGCAGAGCCAGAUUAGAAAGGUGUACCCAGGACUGACCUGCUUCAAGGAGGGGGUGCGGCAGAUCCCUGUGGAAAGCAUCCCUGGCAUCAGAGAGACGGGUUGGAAGCCUGCAAAAGAAAAAGGAAAGGAGCUGAAAGAUCCAGACCUGCUUUACAACAUGCUGAAGAAUCUCCUGGCCCAGAUCAAGACCCAUCCUGAUGCUUGGCCCUUCAUGGAACCAGUAAAGAAGUCGGAGGCUCCUGAUUACUAUGAGAUCAUCCGGUUUCCCAUUGACCUGAAGACCAUGACGGAGCGGCUGAAGAACCGCUACUACGUGACCAAGAAGCUCUUCAUUGCCGACCUGCAGCGCGUCAUCACCAACUGCCGCGAGUACAACCCUCCCGACAGCGAGUACUGCAAAUGUGCCAACACCCUGGAGAAGUUCUUCUACUUCAAGCUCAAGGAGGGUGGCCUCAUUGACAACCUCGAGCAGACGGCCCCUAUAAAACACAACAGAACCGGCUUGGUCCUCACAGCUGAGCGUCCAACUGGCGAUCCAAUCCACCCCUGUCUCAUCUGUGAAUCUGAAAGGAUGGAGGAUUUAGGGCUUCGGAACUAUCAGCGUGAAGUGGUUGAGCGGGCGGUGAAGGGAGAGAACAUCAUCAUCUGGCUGCCAACAGGUGGUGGAAAAACCCGCGCCGCCGUUUACGUUGCUAAGAAACACCUGGACACCACGCCCAAUGCCAAGGUUGCUGUCCUCGUCAAUAAGGUGCACCUAGUUGACCAGCACUAUAACAAUGAGUUCAGCAGUCCCCUGAAGAGGUACAAAGUUGUGCCCAUCAGUGGUGACUCAGACGAGAAGAACUUCUUUGGGUGCGUGGUCAGGGACUCACACAUGGUCAUCUGCACAGCACAGAUCCUCCAGAACGCCCUGAGCAAUGCUGAGGAGGAGAAACACGUGGAGCUCACAGACUUCACACUGCUCAUCAUUGAUGAGUGCCACCACACAAACAAGGACAGUGUGUAUAAUAUGAUCAUGGGCCACUACCUCAAGCGCAAGAUCGAGGGCGAGAGACGACUACCCCAGAUCCUGGGCCUCACAGCAUCACCAGGGACAGGUGGUGGAAAGACUCUCGACAACGCUGUAAAACAUGUGCUACAGAUAUGUGCAAAUCUGGAUUCCGUGAUCAUCUCAACAGAGAACUACAAGCCUCAGCUGAAAGAGGUUGUCCCCAGGCCAGUGAAGAGAUACGACAUUGUAGACAAAAGAUCUCAGGACCCGUUUGAGGAGCAUCUGAAGAGCUUGAUGAGAAUGAUCCAUGACUUCAUGGCUGGAGAGGAGCUCAUCCCAUUCCGGCAGUUUGGAACACAGGAGUACGAGGGUGAUGUGGUGCAGCUGGAGAAGAAUGGUGUGAUGAAAAAGAACAGACUGUUGUCUCAGUGUGCACUCCACCUGCGAAAGUACAAUGAUGCUCUUCUCAUCAAUGACACCGUUCGCAUGGUGGAUGCUCUGAGAGUCCUUGAGGAGUUCUACAACUCCAAGGAAGGUUUUGGUCUGGAUGGAACAGAUUUGUUCUUGUCUGGACUAUUUGCAGAAAACCGUGCAGAGUUGAAGUUUCUGGCAGCUGACAAGCGUUUUGAGAACCCCAAGUUGGUGCGCCUGGAGCAGACACUCCUAGAUCAGUUUAACGCCCUCAAAGAGGACAAGGGGGCUCAUAGCCCUCAAAGAGAAUCAAAACCCACAAAGUGCAUCAUCUUCUCAAAGACACGCCAGGCCACCCGCUGUCUCGCAGACUGGGUGUGUGUCAAUGCCAAGCUGAUGGGCGCCAACAUCAGGGCUACCAUGCUGGUCGGCGCGGGCACUGGCGAUACUCACAUGACCCAGAACAAGCAGAAAGACACCAUCUCCAAGUUCAGAGACAACACCUACAACCUGCUCAUUGCCACCAGUGUCGCCGAGGAGGGACUCGACAUCCCAGAAUGCAACAUGGUGGUCCGCUAUGGGCUGCUGACCAAUGAGAUUGCCCAGCAGCAGGCCCGGGGCCGAGCACGGGCUCAGGACAGCGUCUACUCGGUGGUGGCCUCCGAGGGAAGCCGUGAGGUCCGCAGGGAGAAGAUCAACGAGUGCCUUGAGGAGUUGACCAGCAAGGCUGUCGCACGAGUGCAGCACAUGGAGAAAAUGGACAAUCUGGAGUAUCGGCUCAAGAUAAAGGAGCUCCAGCAGGCUGCUGUGAUUGCUCGUAUAAUGGAGGAGCGGACGAGGGACAAGGCCAAACGGCGCUUCUUGGCCGACCAGGUACAGCUCAACUGUCGGGGGUGCUUCACCGCUGUCGCCCACGGACACGACGUCAAAGUCAUAGAGAGCACACAUCAUGUCAUUGUCAAUAAAGCCUUUGAGAUGUACUACACAGUUGGAGGACAGAUAAACUUGGGAAGACAAUUUGAAGACUGGGAGCCCGGACGGAAGAUCUUCUGUGCUAAGUGUAAAAAGGACUGGGGGAUGGAGAUCAAGUUUAAGAGAGUGGCAGUUCUUCCCUGCAUACAAAUAAAGAGCUUCUCCAUCAAAACUCCUGAGGACGAUAAUCUCAAGUCUUGUAAGAAGUGGAAAGAUGUGCCAUUUCCAGUGGAAGAGUUUAACUUUACUAAGUAUGCCAGUGGCUUGGGCUUUGACCUAGACUGAACCAGCUAAUGCACUAACACCAUGUUUGCAGGAUGGGUGAUUGUCACAGUGGUAAAAUGUGGUCAUUUAAUAAGGUGUGAGACCCAGCACCUUAUUAAAUGACCACUGCACUCCUUUAAUCUUUAAGCGAUUACUAAAUGCAGCUGUUACAUGUAAGUGGUCUUUUGAGUGCUGCAUCUGCCACCGUGACCACUAGGUGUCUAUGUUGUGCUAUAUUCUAAUUGAAUUUUCAACAGUUUCCUAUUCAUCCAGUAGACUAUGAGAUUGUACUGAUUGAAUGUCAGUUUGUCUAAAAUCUACUUGUGUCAGUAAGUAAUCUUAAAACAUGGUUCACAAGUAGGAACUAGCCUAUUUAAUGAGGCAUACUCAUAUUAUCCUCAUGGAUUUUUACAUCCAUUGCAUUUUGCAUUAAUGCAUGAACAUUGUAAUAUUUUAAAAGUAUCAAUCAUGGAUAUAAACUAUGUUUUGAAAGUAUACUGUAAUAAUAUAUUGCCAUGCGUAGUGUGACAACUACUGUCCUUUAUUUCAUGAAUUUAGUAAUGCCUCACUAUGUAAAAUAACUGAUUUUCUCUCGUGAAUGUGAAUAAAGUGUAUAUUUACCUAUGC